AUGGCCGAGGCUCUAGAAAAUCUUCCCAUCGUCUCUGGCCCAAACACCGGCUUCGAUCACGCCUUCAACUUGGCAUACGCCAUUCCCAGGUACGACGUGGCUGCUGUUGCAGUCACGAUGGACGCCAACAUCUUCCGCAAAUCUAGCAGCCCUCGAGUCAACGCAAUCAAGCGCUUGUGCCAUCGAGGAGUUUCGGGAUCGAUUGCUACAAUGCAGACCUUGGGCCGAUGCCGGUCGUCGUGGCGAAAGAGACGUAAUGAUGCCCAACCCAGACAGCGGAGGCUGGGGUCUUCGCUGGAGAACGCAUCAGCGGCCAUCUCACUAGGCCUCAUGAUCGCCGGGAACUCUUCUCAGAAUCCGUCAACCGUAUUGGUGCACCGUCCGCUCAAGAAGAGUGUUGCGAGAUGGCCGUUCUUGUACUGUCUGCAGCGAGUCCAAGCUCAGUAUCCGGUCGAAGGUGAUGGCCCCUGCGGUGACGACACAAUUGGAUGA